UUCAGUUUCAUUUUAGUAUUCGAUCUUAAAGGAUUAUAUGCCCUUUAAUUUUGCUUGUUUUCAGUGGUGAAGAAAUAAAUUAUUCACAAAAUGCAGAUUUUCCAGAAAGGACUUUGAAUUGAAGAACGCUCUUAAUAUUUGACAAGCAUUGUCAUCUGUGAUGAAGAUCAUCGUGAAACAGAAGAUUGAGUUGGGCCUUGUAACUUUGGACCUGGAUUAGAAAUUUAGAACAGAGAGUUAAAAUUAGUCACUUUUUUGUAUUCCAAUUUCAUAUUAUUUAUUUAUUUUAAUAAGUAGGUUUAGAGUGAAGAAAUUAAAAUUCAUUGCUAUACCAGAGGAUGGAAUAAUAUUUGUUCUGGUAUUUUUUUUCCUUUUUGUAUGAAGAGAAGAGAGUAGAUAGCCAAGAGCUAUAGCAUUCAUAAUGAAAUACACUAAAUGCAAUUUUAUGAUGUCAGUUCUUGGCAUUAUAAUCUAUGUAGCUGAUUUAAUUGUGGACAUCUGGGUAUCUGUCAGGUUUUUCCACGAAGGACAGUAUAUUUUUGGUAUUUUAACAUUCAGCUUUAUGCUUUUUGGAACACUUGUGGUCCAGUGUUUUAGUUAUUCUUGGUUCAAGGCUGAUUUAAACAAAGCAGGCCAAGAAAUUCAGCAUUGCUUUCUUCUACUUCAUUGCUUACAAGGAGGAGUUUUUACAAGGUAUUGGUUUGCCUUGAAAAAGGGUUACCAUGUGGCUUUCAAAUGUAAUAGCAAAACGAAUAGCUUCACCAAAGAGCAAAUUGAUCAACAUAAAGAAGUUAUAGAUAGAGUGACUGAUUUGAGCAUGCUCAGGCUAUUUGAGACCUACCUGGAAGGCUGCCCACAACUUCUUCUUCAGCUCUAUAUCUUUCUGGAACAUGGACAAGCAAAUUUUAGUCAGUAUGCAGCUAUCAUGCUUUCUUGCUGUGCCAUUUCUUGGUCAACUGUUGAUUUUCAAAUAGCUUUAAGAAAAUCCUUGCCUGAUAAAAAUCUCCUUAAUGGAUUCUGUCCCAAAGCCACCUAUCUCUUUUACAAGUUGUUUACAUUAUUGUCUUGGAUGCUUAGUGUUGUACUUCUAUUGUUUGUAAAUGAUAAGGUUGGAUUAUUUAUGUUGUUAUUACUUUGGAUUGUAGGUUUAAUAUGGGCAUGUAAAGAACAAACUCAGUUUUGUAAUUCCAAAAGUAUGGAAUUCUUAUAUAGAAUUGUUGUUGGAUUUAUUCUUGUCUUUACAUUUUUUAAUAUUAAGGGACAUAAUACUAAAUGCCCAAUGUCUUUUUAUUAUGUUGUAAGAGUGCUGACCACACUGGGUAUAUUGAUUGGGUUCUGGGUUUAUCCACUUUCUAUUUUUAAUUCAGAUUACUUUGUACCUAUCAGUAUCACUUUAGUUCUUUCUCUUCUCCUUGGGAUUAUUUUUCUUAUAGUUUAUUAUGGGGUUUUUCACCCAAAUAGAAGUGAAGAAACAAAAUAUGAUGAAACUGAUGGAAGAUAUGUUCAAAGAGAUUGUAGAAUGAAGUAUUUCCUAAUGGAAUAAGCUAUUAAUUUAUAAGAUAUGUUUUAUUGUUAUUUGUUUCAUUGGUUAGU